AACCUAUAUAUUACUUGACAGAAAUAAAUUAAAUACAAUUGAAAUAAUAAACAUUUCACUACUUCUAAGCUAAGUGCAUGUCCCGUAGAAAUCAAGUUAAUUCAAAUAAUCGAAUUUGCGUAUCACUGAUCAUUCUAAAUGGCUAAUACUGAAGAAAAUUUCGAACAGUUCGAAGAAGAUGAAGCAGCUGAAACCACUCUUGCCCUAUGCAGUGCUGGAAGAAAACGCCUUUUCAGCAAAGAAUUACGUUGUAUGAUGUAUGGAUUUGGAGAUGAUCAGAAUCCCUACACGGAAAGUGUAGAUAUAAUCGAAGACCUUGUAAUUGAAUUUAUAAUUGAAAUGACUCAUAGAGCUAUGGAAAUUGGAAAAACUGGAAGAGUAUCUGUGGAAGACAUUGUUUAUCUUGUUCGAAAAGAUCCUAGAAAGUAUGCUCGUGUUAAAGAUCUUUUGACUAUGAAUGAAGAAUUGAAGAGAGCUCGUAAAGCUUUUGAUGAAAUCAAAUUCGCAGGUUUGAACCAAACGGAAGAAGAAAAGGCCGAAUAGUUGAAGUUUGAUAUAUUAAGAAUUUCAUUUUACCUAUGCCAAAAAUUUUGCAGUACAAAUACAUACCUAUAUUUCAUUAAGGAAAAUAUUAAAUUAAAACUCACUUGCAGAUCAUUAUUAUUAUGGUUUUUGUUAUUUAAAAUGUAUUUCUGGUUUUUCACUGAACUAACAGUUUCUCCUAAUAUCCUCAACAUUUCCAAAAGCUUGAAAUUUUUGUUAACCACACCUUUUAAUUAAAUUUUCAUCAAUAUUUAUUGUAACACAUGCACGUUUUGGACAUAAUAAUAUUUUUUGCUUAUCUAGACAAGGCAUUACUCAAGAAAGGAAUUAGUUAUGCAACAUUGAAGAUUAACCUGCCUUAACAUAGUCAUUUUUUAUUUGGUAGGCUGUACAAUAACUCCAUUUAUUUCUGAGGGAAAUUUUUUUUGUGCAUUUACAUAAAUAAAAUUAAUUAAAUUACCAUGGCUAUACCUUGUAGUAAAAUUGAAAAAACUUAUCGAGCAUAAAAUGAAAUGAAAAAGCCAAUACAGUUUUGAUAUUAUUGUUAUGGCGAGAUUUUUCCUUGAGUUCUUUCAAAAUAAAAAGAUAUUCAAGAAUAUUGUUGAAAUACAACAACUAAGAUUUAAAUUUAUGUUCCUUCUUGUAAAUUUUUGAAAAAGUGUAUAUUUUCGGAAAAUAAAGAUUUAUCUUGGUAGCGUGAAUUAUCCAAGUUAUUUUUUGGGGAUUCGUUCUUCCAAGAUUCCAGAAAUUC